GGGAUUUGGAAGGUAUGGAUGCCAACACCACACGCAACACUCUCAUUGCCAUUCAUCCAUGCCAAUUCUGUUCCCGUCAGGUUUGUUCGACUUGUUCCCAUCUCAUCAUCCUCAUCAUGGCGGGAAGGCUCCGAUGGCUACCUCGCCUGGCCAGGCAACGCUUGGCGACAGACGCUCCUCAAUGUGCUCAUCGGCCCCUCCCCAUCUCCCUUUCCCAUUCCCACCCGCCUAUAUUGCGGCAUCUGUCCACUGCACGGAUAGAGGCAGCACCACAGCCAGCACAACCGACGCCCGCAUCAGCAACAGCCACAUCAGCGACAGCAGCAGCAGCAGCAAGCGAAGCAAAACCAAAUCCAGACGACACAACAGCAGAAGCUGCUGCUCAGCGGCACCGUGAGCGGCUGGCAGAGAGCGCCCGGAUGUCCGAGAAGCUGUGGGACACUUUCGUGCCCGACAGGAAGCUGUCCUUCACCUCGCCAGGGUUCUGGGUGUUGCUGGGUCUGGUGGUGGUGCUGCACACGUACAACGAGUACAGGGACCGGACCAAGGCUGAGAGCGAUGAGGACAUGCAGGCUGAGGCGAGACGGCGGGAGGCGGCCGACGCCAAACGGAGGGAGAGGCAGGGGGAGAUGGGGAAUGGACAGCCGCAGGGGCGGUGACGGCUGUUGGGGGUUGGUUGUCGACUUUGCUGCGUGGAUGGCAUUUAGUGGACUGAUGUGUGUGUGAUCAGCAUGCGGUAGCGCGUUUCGUUGUUCGUGCUCUGGUUUGUUGGUCUGGGAGCAGAGUGUGGCUUCAUUCUACUCUCAACCCAACAUAUCAGCUGCGGACAGAGAGACGGGCAGGCGCAUGGAUGCAGCGGCAUGUUCAUUCAGACAGACGUGUGGGGGUGCGACGGGAGAGCAACGCAACGGGUGGACGCGUAUGUCAUGUCAUGUGCGCGAAUUGACGACGAUAAAUAAAGGGAUGUCAUGCCAUGUCAUGUCGUGUGUGUGUUGUGUAGCAUGCUACCAUAUGCCUACCUCCCUCCGUGUGUCUCUUCUGUUAUCGUGAAACAGACAGCGUCCAAAAGCUAACUACGG